CUCACGUGGUCAGAGUUCAGUAUUCAUGACAGACAAAUGAAUAUCACAGAACAAGAAACCCGGCGGAUGUUGAGCUUGAACUCCUCUAUUUCUCUUUUCGUUUAGCGUUUAAAGAGCACAACGUAAAUAACUCGUUAGCACGUAAACACCGAAGCUGAGAACGCGGAAAGGAACGAUCCCGCGGGGAGCAUUUCCAGCCGGGAUUAUUUACCUGUAACUCCGUGAGCAGACUGGUUGCUACUGCUGUCGUUUUUCUUUUUUUUACAGACAGCAAAAGAAACUCGUACCGUCAUUUUUAGUCUGCACGUUAUCUGCUUAACUCUUGGUUCUUUGGGGGUCAGUUUCCUCCAUUAGAAAGCACCAAGCCUCAGCAGUAACCAGAAACGAUGGAGCCUGCCUGUCGAAAAGACAAGCAAAAGCAGAAAGAGACUCCGACACGAGGUGACCGAGCUAAACAGAAGUCUGCUCAGCAGGAGCUCAAGCAGAGACAGAGGGCAGAGAUCUACGCCCUGAAUAAAGUAAUGACAGAACUUGAGCAGCAGCAGUUUGAGGCCUUUUGCAAGCAGAUGCAGUCACAAGCAGAAUGAAGACGGCCACGUUUAGACUGGACAGACCCAGCUGAUGCUGAACCUGACUUAGCGCUCAAAUGAGCUAAGUUCCUGCAGAAAUAUCCAGCUGUCUAGUCCAACCCUAGGAUCUGUAUUCACAAAGCAUUUUUAAGUCCCCCCAAUAUGCCUUUACCACUGUGUGGUUAAAAGCAAAACCAAUCCAGAAAUCCCAGCCUAGAACUCUUUGUGAAUGUGUUAUUGAUGUUACUACCUGUGUAUGCCACCUGAUAAUCUGUCUGUUUGAUCACACUACUGCAUCUUACACCAUAGUCAUCACAAGAAGAGUCAGUCGAGUGUUUGUAUAUUGCAUGGUUUCAGGGCAAAGUGCUUAGAUUAGACUGAAUGGACAAUCAAUGAUCAGGUGCAGCUACCAGUAUUUACACUAGUGUUUUUUUUCUUUUUAGCAAAAAAUGAACAAAUUAUUUAUUUCAUUAUGAACCACUACCACUUUAGUGCUUAGGAAGAUUGUGGAAGCAACAUACUAAGAUUGUAAAAGAACAACGGAUCAAAUAUAAAAUGUUAAUAUUGGUGCUAUGUGUCAAUCUAUAUGUUAUAAAAACAUAUACAUAUUCUGUAACAUCUCAUUGUCACCCAUGAUGAAAAGCUGAUCAGCAGACCAGUUGUGACAGAGAAUUUUGUAAUGUCCGUUUUAUUUUUCAGAAUUGUAUCCUGUUGGUUUUAAACACUUUAUAUUAAUUCUUUGUAUGAUUUUACUCCGUUUACAAUGAUCUGAAGACAACAAGAAAUAUGUCAUUCACUUGGCUCUAUUACUCACUUGUAUUUUACUUUUUCACAGGUCGAUGAUUGUCUGUCAACCACUAAUGACCACUGAUAUUUUUGUGUACAUUAAUGUUUUUAAUAAAUGCAUAUUUUGAACAAGAAA